UCUGUUGUGACUCGGGCAGCCUAUCCCGAGGGUGGGGAGCUGCGGAGGAGCAAGAGCCGAGCGGUACUCCGCAGCAUCACGUGUCGGGGUGGGGGCUAUAAAAUCCCGGAGCCGGGGCGUCGGGCGGGGGACGUGAGGACCAGCCCUCUCCAGGGACCCCUUUGUUCGCAGUCCAGGCGCCGACACCUCGGAGUCCCCAAGGACUUGACCGCCUGCAUCCGCGCCGCGCCCGGGGCCAGAGCUCUGGACAGGAGAGGGGAGGGGGCCCCCACGACCGGCCGAGCCCUCCAGCCACCCACCCCUCCCGACAUGUCGCGCUCCUUCUAUGUCGACUCGCUCAUCAUCAAGGACUCCUCACGGCCCGCGCCCUCGCUUCCCGAGCCGCACCCCGGGCCAGAUUUUUUCAUCCCGCUGGGCAUGCCGUCCCCGUUGGUGAUGUCCAUGUCUGGGCCGGGCUGCGCGUCCCGCAAGAGCGGCGCGUUCUGCGUUUGCCCGCUCUGCGUCACUUCGCACCUGCACUCCUCUCGUGGGCCCGCGAGCUCUGGCGGCGGGAACGCAGGGGCUGGGAGUGCAGGGGCCGCUGGUGGCGGAGCGGCAGGAGCCGCCGGGGCCCUGCCCCUGCUCAAGAGUCAGUUUUCUUCGGGUCCUGGGGACGCACAGUUUUGCCCGCGCGUGAGUCACGCGCACCAUCACCACCACCCGCCGCAGCACCACCAUCACCACCACCAGCCCCAGCAGCCCGGCUCGGCUGCAGCAGCAGCAGCGGCCGCGGCGGCCGCGGCGGCGGCCGCGGCGGCCUUGGGGCACCCACAGCACCACGCACCUGUCUGCACCGCCACCACCUACAACGUGGCGGACCCGCGGAGAUUUCACUGCCUCACCAUGGGGGGCUCGGACGCCAGCCAGGUACCCAAUGGCAAGAGGAUGAGGACGGCGUUCACCAGCACGCAGCUCCUAGAGCUGGAGCGGGAAUUCUCUUCCAACAUGUACCUGUCUCGACUCCGGAGGAUCGAAAUCGCCACGUACCUGAAUCUGUCAGAGAAGCAGGUGAAAAUCUGGUUUCAGAACCGCAGGGUGAAGCAUAAGAAGGAAGGGAAGGGCACGCAAAGAAACAGUCACGCGGGCUGCAAGUGCGUUGGCAGCCAGGCGCACUUCGCGCGCUCCGAGGAUGAGGACUCCUUGUCGCCGGCCUCUGCCAACGAUGACAAGGAGAUUUCCCCCUUAUGAGGGAGGGCCGCCCCCACACACACCACGCGCUCC